GUAUUAUCAUUGGUGGUUCGUGAAGGCGUAGCGUCACACUCGUGACAGUGACAGUGACUGGUAACCGGCUGACCUGGUUGAUUUGUUGAUUGUUGAUGUUGUUACCUAUAAAAAAUACUGGCAAGAGUGGCAAGGUUCUUCAAUCCUCAUAGUUCUUGAAAAGUGUGCGAAUUAAUAGUUUUUAUCUAAAAUUCGACAUGGUUGUCUGCAAGUUUUUCUUGCAAGGCACUUGUAAAUUUGGCACCCAUUGCCAUUAUGAUCAUCAAGUACCCACCAAUUACAGUUACUCAAACUUCAGAGAUAACACCCAACCUUCAACAUCAAUUUUAAGGCAAUCCAAUUUCGGUAAUGCAAAUACUACCCAAAAUGCAAAGCCAGCGACUACACCAGCAAAUGUUGAUAUUAACACUUUGGUUAAGGCUGUUGCAACUGACAUGUUGGGUGCAGAAAAAGGUGGCCAAUGGUUGAUGUCUUCUUAUGCCCCAUUCAAAGAAAAACCAGAAUUUCCAGGCUUUGAGGAUCAGAGCUUUGAGGAAAUUCGUUUUGGAUUCUAUGAUGCUCAGAAAAAUGGAACAAUGGAACAAUAUAAACAACAACUACAAAUGCUCCUUCAAAGCGCCAUAGCGAAAGUCAGAGCCCUACAAAACCCUACACCCGAAAUUUGUAAUAUUUUACAACAAAUUUAUAAUACACCAGUGCCAAACAAGAAUCUCGCUCAGUCUACUAGCAAUCAGCAAUCUAGUAAUAUAUUUGCUACUCAAAAUCAAUCCACCUUUGGCCAACAGCAAAAUACAAAUAUUUUUGCUACAAAAAAUAUAUUUGGAGUAUCUGAAACCAACCAGGCAACUAAUAACGUUUUUGGAAAUACUGCUCCAUCAGCAACACCCAACCAGAAUAUAUUUGCAAGUAGUGGUUUUAUGGGUAAUCAAAGCUCUAGUAAUUUUGGAGUGCCUCAAACUCAAAACACUAAUUUUGGAAAUCAACAACCAACAAAUAUUUUUGGUAGUCAACAACCUGCCAGCACUAAUGUUUUUGCUACUCCUUUUGGUGCUCCUCAACAACAACAGCCAAAUAUAUUUGCCACAGCUCCGCAACAACCACAAACUAUGUUUGGCGCUCAACCCACAAGUACCCCACCAUCUGUGUUUGAACACCAAAAACAACAAAAUAUCUUUGCAGCUCAAAACCAACCUCUUCAAAAUGUACAGCCAAAUAUGUUUGCCUCUCAGCAACAAACUCAAAAUGUUUUUGCACCAAAUUCUAUAAUUCAGCAAAAUGCUGCUCCUCCACCAGAUUAUUCAGCAUCAAUAUUUGGAACUGCAAAUACAAACCAAGGAGUUUUUGGUGCAAAACAAGAAUUUGAUGAAACUCUUUACUCUAAACUGGAAGAUUUAAGUGAAGCCGAGAGAAAAUGGUUUGAAAGUGAUAAUUUAGAUAUUCUUAAUAUUCCUGACAAACCACCCACAUAUGAAAUGUGUUUUAAAGUUUGAAAUAACUUAAGCAAAGGACGAAGCAAAUCAUUUUGUGAUACUUUAUUAUAUUAAUUUAUAUUUUAGAUCUUAAAACUUUAAUAUAAAAAAAAAAUUGUAACAAAACUACCUUUAUUAGCUGUUUUUUACCAGUCAUUCUUUGUACAGGUUUUUAAUCCCAAUCCCCACUACAUUGGCGCCCAACGUAUGGUUCUUUCAAGAAUAGUGUUUUCCUGUUUUUAGACUGUCUUGAAGUGUUUUCCAUGUGAACUCGACACUAUUUUAGCUCAGUUUGUGACAUUAUUAAUUGCUGAAGAGACAUUAUUUCAUUUGAACACUGAUAAAAUCAUGUCAUUGGUGUGUUUUAGUCAAUUUAUAUUUAUGGAGUCCAAGAAAAAAUGAGGAAGAGUUACAAUUCUUCGUAGUGAUGAUGAUAGCGGCGUUAGAGAAGCCCAAGUUCAACAAAUUGUGAUGACACCUGAAAUGCUCCACACCUUGUUAGCUGGUAGGUAUACGAAGUGGCAAUGUUGGUAAUCAGCAGGUAACAGCUCCUGUACAAAACGUAAGUACAGCAAAUUUUUCUGCUUGCAAGUGGCGUUUUGAUGGUCAUUCCGAUGUUAAAGCGUUUAUUGAUGCUAUCACUGUCUACAAAGACUGCCUAAACAUUGAAGAUGCUCACGCAAUAAAAGGACUAUACAUGCUUUUAAUUGAUUCUGCUGCUACAUGGUGGCAAGGCAUAAAAACUUCAAUAGAUACAUUUGAUGAAGCUAUUGAUGCUUUGCAUCAUGCUUUCGGAUAUUUCAAACCUCUGCAUCAGAUUUAUAGAGACCUUUUUUCCACAAGCUGAUGAAUAUACUUUUUGUUAGUAAAUGUAGAGCUCUUCUAUCAUAUUUAGAGGAACAUUCGGCUAUUUCUGAACAUGCACAGCUAGAUAUAGUAUAUUGACUUUUAAAUAUACGCAUUAAAGAUAAAGUUCAAAGAGAUCAAAUUAAAACUUUCAAGGAUCUCAUAGAAAAAGCUACAGUUGUCGAACAAACAUUAUUCGAUAAUAUCAUAUCGCUAAUGCAAAAUAUUCAAUUUAACGAUCCCAUUGCAGAAUUAUCGCAUAAUCCAAAAGUUCAGUGUGUAUAUUGUAGAAAUUUUGGUCAUGUUAAAGAAAAUUGUUGAAAAUUAGCUUACAAAAAUGCUCAGUCUGAAAUUCAAAAAAAUUCCCAUCAAUCUUCUAUCACACUACCUGUUAAUUCCAAUGCAAACAUCUUGAAUAAGAAGUCUAAGCAAAAUCCUUAGUCGCAAAUACUUUUAGUUUGAUGUGUUAUGGCUAUAUUUGUAUGCGACCCUUAACUUAUGUUACUAUACAAGAUCAUCAUGGCUUAACUUAUCUUGAUUCUGGUGGACAAUUAAGUAUUGCUGGUGCUAAAUUGAGUAAAAUUCUUCUUCAAAAUAUAUCUUAUAUAAAGAAGGAACUGAAAGUGACUCUUGCUGAUGGUGAAAGUACUCAAGCUGAAGCCUACUACCGCAAGUUGAAUGCAAAAACAAUAGCCGACAGAUACCCCCUUGCCUCGUAUUGAUGAUACAUUACAUGCUGCAAAGAAAACUCGUUUUAUGACAACGUUGUAUUUAAGAUCUGAUUAUCAUCAAGUAUCAGUUAAACCAUCUGAUCGAGAAAAAACUGGUUUCAUUUGUCCUUUCGGAACUUUUAGAUAUACAAAAAUGCCAUUUGGAUUACGAAAUGCUCUGUCCGCAUUUCAAAGACUAAUUGAUAGAUUUCCUUCUGGACUUCAAGAUAUUAACAUAUUAACGCACCUCGAUGAUAUAAUUAUAUUAUCAAACUCAUUUAAACUUCAUGUUAGUUAGUUAAAAAAAGUUUUUGAUCGCUUAAAAUUAUUCAAACUUCAAUUAAACCGUUCGAAAUGUGAAUUUUCUUGUUCUUCUGUCAAUUACCUCGGUCAUCUAAUAACUUUUUCUGGUACCUAUUGCUCCAAACCCAGAUAAAGUUACUGCUAUUUCUAAAAUACCCAAUCCUUGAAAUGUCAAAGAACUACUUUCUUUUCUACAAACUUGUUCCUGGUUCCGACGUUUUAUAAAAAACUUCGCAGAAAUUUCAAAACCUCUUACUUUUCUCACUGAAAAGAAAGUCAAAUGGAUCUGGGGUUGAGAUCAAGUCAAAGCUUUUGAAAAUCUGAAAUCGCUUUUAACGUCUAGCCCUUUUCUUCAGCAAGCUGAUCCUAAUAAUAAACCAUAUAUUCUCAAGACGGAUGCUGUUGGGGCGGCAGUGACAAAUUCAGAGGCUAUUUAGAAUGUGCUAAUGUUAGGUCUGUUUCCACAGAAAUCACAAACUAGUCAGAGCGAAUUUCAUUGGUUGAAAAUAGUCAGGAAACUGGUUGUUGGCGAUUUGGACCAAUCAAAAACGCUCUGACGGGUUUGUGAUUUCUGUGGAAACAGACCUUUUAUCGUCAACAGUGAAUACAGUGAUCAUCAGCCCUCGAAAUGGCUUAUGACACUCAAAUCACCUUCGGGCAGAUUAGCAAUAAGAUGGUUUUUAGCUUUGCAAUCUUAUGAUUUAUGUAUUGAAUAUAUUCCUGGAAAAGAUAAUGUUGUUGCUCAUAUGUUAUCACGCCCUGCAAUUCCUG